AUGAUGCGUGUUCCUCGACAAUCCUUUUCCACUGCCGCCCGCAUCCAUCCCAACAUUGUUCCUCACCUUCGCCCCCAGAAGAGAAUGUCCUUUGGAAAGCUGGUCAAGCCCGUCGCGGCUGUUGUGGCUAUUGGUUACGGAGCAAAGCUAUCACUCGAAAUGGCACAAAGACGACGCAUCGCUCAGAUGGAAGCCACGGAGCGCGAGAAUGCCGCAUACCGAGAGCGAAAUGAGGCUCUCAUGAACAUGUACGGUGAUCGAUCAAGCCUCGACGAACUCGAAAAGGCCGUUCAAUAUUACGAGAAACGAUAA